UUUUUUUUUUCUCGAUUUUUUUUUUUUCUCGAUUUUUUUUUCCUUUUGUAAAUAUAUGACAAUAGAUCAGGAAAACGAAAAGAAUAUAAAACCAUCAUCUAAAUAUGCAAUUAUUCGAUGGUUCGGUCUUGAUAGAUUUGAUCCAGAAUUAGCAGUAACAUCUUUUUGGGUUUCUUCAAAACUAUUUUUUUUUAUUCGACUUAUUUUAGCUUUCUAUGCAGCUAUCGUUCUUUGGACAGAUAUUGGUAUUACUCAUAAAGGUAGCUUUUUUGCUUAUUUCACUUCUUUAACAUUCAUUGGACUCCAUGCCUAUCAAGUUACUACAAUUGUACAUCAUUUUCGUUAUCUUUACACAAAAAGAGAUAUUUCUUUUUUUAAUGAUCAGCCCAAAAUUUUAAAUUACCUUUACGUCGUUCUUUAUUCUACUAUUGUUACCUUCAAUAUAGUGACUCCUGUUGUCUAUUGGUCUUUAUUAGCAAAAGGAAAUAGUCAAGAGGCUACUCUGAAUACUUGGAUCAAUGUAUCUGUUCAUGGUGUCUCAUUCUUUUUGAUGAUCUUUGAAGUCAUUUUAAAUCGUAUGAAGCUUCCUGUUCGCCAUGUUAUAUUUCCACUUGUAAUAAUUAUAUCAUAUAUGCUCAUGACAUUUAUUAUAUAUGCCUGUAACGGAUUUUGGGUUUAUCCCUUCUUGGACUGGAAACAAGGAUCAAUAGCAGCACUUUGGUAUUUUUUAGAAAGUCUAAUUAUAGGGUCGAUGAUACAUGUAUAUGAUGAUAAACUAGAGGAAGUAAUAGCGUGAUCCAUUUAUGUCAAAAAUAGUCGCAACAUAUAUAAUAUUAUAUUGUCUUUUAUAUAUAUAUAUAUAUAUAUAUAUGUAUUUAUAUACAAAUAUUUAUAAUACAUUUUAGACUUAUACCUAUUCUCUUGGGU